UCCGUGGGUUCUUAGAUUGAGUCUACAGGUUUGUCAGUCAAGGGUCAGAGUCUAUGUGGUGAGGUUUGGAACCACUAACCCGGUUGUACACUUAUCACCAUGGUUGAGACCCGUAGUGGGACGGAGACUAGUCCCUACACCCCUGAGCAGCAAGCAAAGAUGGCCGCCUUAGUGAAAGAGAACAAGGAGAGAAAAGAGCGCGAGAAGCAGGCGAAGCUAAAGGCUAUCGCAGAUGAGAAGGCGGCAAAGAUGAAGAGGUUGGAGGAGGAGAUGAAGAGGGUACAACAGGAGGAGGAAGAAAGAAGGAAGGCUGCUGAAACAGAAGCGGCAGCAGAAGAAGAGAAAGAGAGAAUGAGAAUUGAGAGUGGGGAAGGAAGUAGUGGUGGCACGAUGAAGUGGGAGACCGAUACUGAGCUGGAGAAGAAGAUCAGCGAGUGGGUCGCUAAUUUAUCGUUGGGGGAAGACGAGGAGGCGGAGUCMUAUGUGACUAAGGAUGAGAAGGCUGCGCUGGCCACUGAGCUAGCAGCCAUGACAGACCCAAUGAAACGAAGAGAGAGGGAAGACGAGCAAAAGUUAGCAUGGAAGUUGAGAAUGAAGAGGGAGAAGAAGAGGAGGAGAGAGGUAGUGAAUAAGAUGACCGCAGCAGUGGCAAAGGUGCAGGAGUGUAGAGCGGAGGUGCUGGCCCAGCCAGAUGAUAAGGCCAAGUUGGACAAAGUACUGGGCUAUCUAGAGGUGUUGAGCAAGGCCUGGAUGGAAGAACGCCAGGCAAGUUGGAGCCAAGAUGUAGCCUUGAGUGCCAUGCGGUCAGGGUUUAGAGACUUUGCGCCCGAGAUCGUCACCCAUAUUGGGGGAGAAGUCAAACAGUUGAGAGACAAUGUACGGAAGUUUUGUGAGGGCGCCAUUCAGGGUGCCAAAGCUGUAGCCGCCGCAGAGGAAGAGGCCAGGCCCCGUAAGGACCCAAUGAAGCUUAAGUUUCCGGAUGCGUACGGGGGAAAGAAGGAAGAAAACUUUGACAACUGGGAAGCCAGUGUCAAUAGUUAUAUUUACUUGCAGCAUAUCCUGGCCGAGGAACAAGUCCUUAUGGCCUUCCAGGCCCUCAAAGAUGAAGCGGCUAGCUUCGCCAGGUCUCUUGCGCGUACAGCCGGUUGUGAAAACAACCUUGUUGCAUAUUCCAAAGUCACUCCUCUUUUCCAAUUCCUCAAGCUCCUCAAGGAGCGGUUCGUUGACCCAACGCGAGGCAUUAGAGCCUCUGAUAAGCUCCAAACGAUCCACUCCCGGCAGUGGAGGAGUGCCAAGGCACUCAAGGGUACCAUGGACGACUUGGUAGCCGUCCCAGACCACGGGGUCACUGAGCCCCAGUUGGUCCAGUUGUUUUAUCGUGCCAUUCCAGAGGCCCUACGCGGGCAUUUCUUUGACAAAUCUCAGCAGGCCGGCAUGACUUACGAUGCAUUGAGUAGAGAAGUCGUCCUGUAUGAGUCGAAGUCUAUGCCAGUUACCACUUUCUGGCACAAGGACCUGGAGAAGGGGAAGAAGUGGAAAAAUCGUAUCAUCUCGGGCCAAGUCAAGGCCAAGGAUCACUUGAUCCUGACAUUAGAGGAGGGUGGUAUAGAAGAGGUCCCAUAUGAUCAGAUUGAGUGGGGCCUAGGGGAGGAGUACAGUAGCGUAGGGCAGGGGAGGUCUUACGCUGCUGUCGCGGCCGGAGGGAGGCCGCAAGGUAGAGGAGGAGGCCAGGGCCAAAAGGGCCAGGUCAUGGGAGGCCGAGGACCGGGUGCAGAGGGGGUUGGCGGACAGGAAACCGCCAAGCGGGAGGUUUUGUACUUGGGCCACGUAUUAGACGGAGAUGGCAUCAAGCCAGAGGACAGCAAGAUCGCGGCGAUUAGAGAUUGGCCGACGCCCCGCACAUUGACAGAGUUGCGGUCGUUCCUAGGCUUAGCUAACUACUAUAGGAAGUUCGUGAGGAACUUCUCCACUAUUGUCGCUCCCUUGCGCCGAUUGCUGAAGAAAGAGGCAAUCUGGCAAUGGGACAAAGACUGUACGUCUGCGCUCAAGAAGCUAAAGCGCGCAUUAAUAGAGUAUCCUAUCCUCAAAGUUGCAGAUCCGUCUUUGCCAUUUGUCGUCACCACGGACGCGAGCCAGUACAGAAUAGGCGCUGUGUUGCAGCAAGAUGACGACAAUGGCUAUAGACCCGUAGAGUUCAUGUCAGCGAGGAUGCCCUGUGAGAAGGUUGCUGCCUCCUCGUACGAGAGAGAACUCUACGCUCUCUGGCAGGUUGUAGAUCAUUGGAAGCACUACCUGCUUGGGAGACACUUCAAAGUGUAUUUGGACCACGAAACGCUUAGAUGGUUAAAGACUCAGGCCAAGAUGACACCUAAGUUGACUAGGUGGGCCGCAGAGAUAGACCAAUUCGACUUUGAGCUCAAGCCAGUGAAGGGCAAGUACAACGUAGUUCCGGAUGUUCUGAGUAGGAGAUCAGACUACUUUGGAGCUGUAGUACACUAUCUCGAUAUAAGGAGAGACCUGCAGGAGAAAGUGAGGUAAGCAUAUGUGCAGGACCCUAUCUAUAGCGACCCCCUAAAGAGAGUUAGAGAGUCUGUGCGUUCCCAACAGCGAAGAGAUCCAUAGUUUGAUUUUAGGGGAAUGCCACGAUACUGAAGGGCAUUUCGGUUGGCAAAAGACAUUAGCCAACCUGAUGCGUGCGUAUACCUGGUCAGGGAUGAAGAAUGACUGCAUAGAGUAUGUCCGCAGUUGUAAAGUGUGCCAGAGGAAUAAAUCUACUACACGCGCGCCCCUAGGUCUUCUCAGACCCUUGCCUAUUCCGGAUCAGCCGGGAGACUCCGUGUCCAUAGACUUCAUGGACACCCAAGUCAAGAGUACACAUGGUAAGAGCCAAGUCAUGGACGUAGUGGACCGUUUUAGUAAAUAUGCAGUUUUCGU